AUGCUAGCAUUCCUCGUCGCGGUCUCUGCAUUAUGGCUGAACUCGGCCUUGGGGCAGAAUACCACCUCAUGCCAGGCCGUGACCCAGCAUCUCAGUGACCCUCCGUAUGAGAACUAUUUCUAUUCAGAUUGCAACAGUGAUACCCAGGCCGUGGUUACCAGCCCCUUGCCAGACUCCAACCUAUCCAUCAUCGGCCCUAGGCUGGUCAUUGCCUGGCCAGCCGGAAACAGUGGCAUCUGCACGUUCUUCCAGCCUCAGAAUGGCCCGAAUGGCUCACUUGCGAUUGCACUGGUCAACUCCACUCUAGGGAGCCCGUUGGGGUCUGUAUACAGGCCAUCUCGAGGCUCCAAAUAUCCCUUCGUCGGGGUCCAAGGAGUCAUCUCUUUUAACAGCUCAGCUACUCUGACCAUCCCAAUCCUAGGCAGUGUCAGGACCAUUCGGGACUUUACAGAAGGACCAAGUCUGCUCCAGCCCGUCAUACAAGAUGCGAUCAAUGUCACGCAGACGAACGGGACGGGGGCAACUCUUUCCCGACUGUGGCUUGAUAAUGUCACCACGACGAGCUUUACCAUAGUUCCGUAUCAGAACCCCGAGUCGAAUAUUACCAUCGAUGCACGGAACAAGUCUAUCAGCUUCGGUGCAGGAUUCUACGCCUUCUCCGCCAGCUUCAACUACCCCCAAUUGACCCAACUGCCUCCAAGCCAAGUGCUGAAUAGCGCGUCCCGGAACCUGACCCAGCAACAGUUCGGUCAAGUCACGUCUCUGUCAUUCCUGUCUUACUCUGAAAAGCUCCUUGCCGGAGCAUGGCGAUUCCUGACAUAUUUCGGCCGCGACAGCAUGAUCAGUGCCCUGCUUCUCGAGCCCGUCUUAAGUCAAGGCAAUGGAUCCGCCACAGAAGCUGUUAUCGGAGCAGUUUUGGAGCGCAUCAACCGCACCGACGGGUCUGUAUGUCACGAAGAGACUAUUGGAGACUAUGCUACCUACCUAAACCUGCAAAACAACAUGACGAGCACGGCACCAGGCUUCACGUAUCCCAUGAUCGACACCGACUACUAUCUACCCGUCCUGAUGGCACAAUACUUCAACAGUAGCCCCGACCGAAUCGGGCCGCUGUUGAGUCAGAGGGCUGGAUCGGUCGACCCACAAAACCGUAACCUGACCUAUGCAAACCUCACCAUCAUCAAUGCGGAAAAGAUCUUGAACAUAACGGCGCCGUUUACCCUGAACCAGACGGCCGCGAACCUGAUCCAUCUGAAGCCCGACCAGAUCGUCGGACAGUGGCGAGACUCCACCUACGGCCUCGGAGGAGGUCGUGUCCCCUUCGAUGUCAAUACGGCACUCGUCCCGGCCGCUCUCCGCGCCAUCGCCCAGUUGGCUCGUACUCCAGGCGUUUAUCCCAAUAAAACUCGCAUGAACACCACUUCUUGGGCAACCUUGGCCGAUGCGCGGGCACAAAUCUGGGAAGAAAACACACUGCGGUUCUUCGAGACCAACAUCACGGCCUCGACAGCCCGGUCCCGCCUGCAAGACUUUGUCAAGACGGCGACAUACUAUCAUGGCCCAGCAAACGAGUCUUCCCUCCCAUCCUCUGGCAAUGUCACGACCUAUUCGAUCGCUCUGCAGGGCUACAACAAUCUGUCUUCGGUGAACGUACUGCACAGCGACACAGGGUUCCGGUUGUUCUUCGUCAACGUCACGGCCUCGACGGACGAAGCAGCGGCCCAAGAGACACGCUUCAUCAACGCGACAGCGAACAGCAUAAUGCGGCCGUUCCCUGCGGGGCUUUUGACCCCACAGAGCAUGGUGGUGGCCAACCCGGCGCUGUCGGGGUCGGAGGUGCUCAUUUCCAACUUCACCAACUCCGCAUACCACGGCACCGUGGUCUGGUCGUUCCAGCUCGCCAUGAUGGCCAAGGGUCUCGAGCGCCAACUCGGCCGCUGCAACAGGAACGUAAGCAGCCAGUCACCCUCCCCCGCUCCAGCUUGGUGCGACAUCCCGUCUGUGUACAACAACGUCCUUCGCGCGUACAACAGCCUCUGGGACAGCAUCGAAGCCAACUCGGCCCAGCUUCAGGGCGAAGUGUGGAGUUGGACGUACAGCAACUCGACGGGCUUUGUGACCACGCCCCUGGGCGCGCUGCCUCCGCCGCCGGGAGUCAGUGCGGGCACGGAGAGCGACGUGCGACAGCUUUGGAGCCUGACCUUCCUGGCUGUCAAGAGAGACCGAUCCUUAACAUUGACAUAG